AAUAUAGCUCAAUAAUAGUAGAAGAUAGCAUGUCGUCAAGUUUAAAUCAUCUUUGCUCUUCUAUAAUUUCUGAAGGUUUUGGAGACAUUGCAGGUCGUGUGAGUCAAGUAUUGUUAGCUAAAGGGCAUACAUCAUUGUUCGAAUUAUCCCGACUAUCCAAAGAAAGAAUUCUAACUGUCAAAAAAUGCUUAUAUACCUUUAUUCAUCAUAAUCUCGUUACUUUUAAAAGAUCCACUUCCGGCACUUUGGAAUAUUAUAUUCACACUGACAUUGUUCUAAACAGGAUUUUAUUCCCAAAAUUUAUAUUUACAGCCAAAUCGUUAUUUGGCGAUACAGCUGAAUUUAUUGUUGAAGAAUUAUGCUUUCACGGAAAUCUAAGCUUAGAUGAUAUUGUUAAAAACAUAACUAUGAAAACUGAUGCUGAAGGGAAUAAUCAAAACAUCAAAAAAGAAGAAAUUCACCCUAUUUUCAUCAAAUUAGUCUCAGAACAAUUUAUCAAAAGAUUUCCUUCAGUUGUUGGAGUUGAAGAUGGUGUUCCUAUAUUUAGUGAGCAAAAGCACAAUUUGUAUUUUGUUCCACCAAUGGCAGAUAGUGAACCACCAGAAAAACGACAAAAAACUGAAGAAACAGAAAAUCUAGUUCUAUGGAUUAUAAAUUAUGAUAGAUUUCACAGAUAUUUAAGAGAUUGCCAAAUAGCAACAGCUUUUGAAAGACGAAUCGAUUCCAACGCCUGCGAAAUUAUUAAAAUAAUACUUCGAAUAAGUGAAACUAGAACGGAUCCUAAUUGCACAAGUACAAAAGGAAUUUCAAUGAUUGAAUUAUCUCCGAUUACAAAAAAAGAACUUGGAAUAAGUAAAGAUAUACUUACUCAGUAUAUGUCUCUUCUUGUUGAAGACUCUUUUAAUUGCGUCAUUAAGCUAGCCGACAGUGGAGAAGGAACAUAUGCAAUAGAUUUACCAAAAGCGAUGAAAAAUCUAGCUACUAGCCAUAUUGAAUCAAUAAUUCAAGAAAAGUUUGGUUCAAAAGCAUUUAGAAUAUUCAAAGUUUUAUUAUUAAAUGGAAAUUUAGAACAACAAAAGAUUGAGGAUUGCGUUAUGAUUCCAGCAAAGGAAGCUAAGGAAUUACUUUAUAGAAUGGUUGAACAGCAAUACGUUUCUGUAACGGAAGUACCUAAGACAAGUGAUCACGCUCCUAGAUCUACUUUUUAUUUAUUUUCUGUUAAUAUUGAUGCCCUAGCUAGGAAACUUGAAGAGAACUGCUAUAUGAUUUUGGGUAACCUCUAUUCAAGACGAGAUCACGAAGGAAAGAAAUCCAAGAGACUCUUAGAGAAACAAUCUAAAAUUGAAGCAAUCGCCCUACAAAUGACUAAUGCCUUAGAUCCAUCCGCUCCAGAUCACGCUCAAAAAUUAGAAGAAUGUCAAAAAGAAAUUGAAGAAAUGUCAACUGUUGGCGAGAAAGAACAAAUUGAAAGAUUAAGCAAAGCUUAUAGCCAACUCGAUCAAGCUGAGAUGCAAACAGAAGAACUACUUUUUAUUUUGAGGCAAUGCAUACAUUAUUCCAUUCCAAUGGAAAACGAUGUUAAAUCGAAAAAGAAAGCAAUAGAAGUUGACUAA